AUGCCAGUCGAGCUUCGUAAGCGCAAAGAAGCGCCCCCAGCGCCAGUGCGCGCGGCCAAGAAGAAGGCACCUGCUAAGGACAAGAAGCCUGAAGAGGAGAAAACGGUCGUCGAAAAGGUCCAGGAAGCCGUCACAGAGCAGGUUGAAGCUGUCAAGGAAGCUGUUGUCGGUAAGAGCAACGGCAAGUCUACGGCGGCGGCGGCGCCUGCGAAGAGCGGCCCACCCAAAGUCGGCGACAAGAUGGACCUCGCCUCCUUCGGCGGAGAGAUUGAGACAAAUGAUGGAGACAAGACGACACUUGCGAAGCUUGUCGAGGAGAGCAAGGGCGGCGUUGUACUAUUUACCUACCCCAAGGCUUCGACACCAGGAUGCACAAAACAAGCUUGCCUCUUCCGUGACUCCUACGAUCCCCUCACCGCAACCGGAUACUCCAUCUACGGUCUCUCCGCUGAUAGCCCCAAGGCCAACACAACCUUCAAGACCAAGCAGAAGCUCCCCUACACCCUGCUUUGCGAUCCCUCACAGAGCCUCAUCUCGGCUAUUGGAUUCAAGAAGCCACCGAAGAGCACCACGCGUGGUGUCUUUGUUGUUGACAAGGAGGGCAAGGUACUUGCCGCUGAGCCUGGUGGCCCAGCAGCUACCGUCGAUGUCGUAAGGGACCUUGUGGGCAACAAGGAGGGCGUGCCGAGUAAAGAAGACGCCGAAAAGGCUGAGAAGAAGGAAGACCACGAGAUGGCGGAGACGGCUGAUGAGGUCGCUGAUAGUGCGGCCAAGGUGGAUAGCAACGAGGCUUGA